AAAUGUCGACGGACUACUCUUUUUAUCCACCCACAAUUUCUCAUUCUUUACGCUCCUCAAUUUUCAAUUUCAAAAAGCCCAAAUUCCCAAAUUCUAGGGUUUGUUUUUCCAGAGAUCCUCAAAUCAUGAAUCUGUUCUUCUCAAAUUAAGAUUUGUUCUUCUCUAAUUCUAGGGUUUGAAACAAUUUUUUCAUUUCCUGUAAACAAAUUUUGAUUGUGAUAUGGUGAUUUUAGGGUUGGUAUGAGAGAGUUACGAAUCUCGCCGUUUAUGGAUUCUCGAGCUUUGAAAUUACGAAUGGAUUCAUCGAAAAUGGAUUUAAUCGCGUGUCGAAUCGGCUUUAAAUCGUCGUUUGACUCGUAUUUAAUCGCUUGCGAAGCGUUUUUUGAAGCAGCGAUGUUGAUUUCGAUUCCCGUUGAAGACGUUCUUUGAUCGUUUGUUUGUUUGUUUCUGUUUUCUCUUUCUCCUCUCGAUUUCCUUUCCUUUCUGAAAUCAAAUAAGAUUUCUACGACAUCGUCCAUGGCGAAGCCACUUUCUGAUGAUUCUGACGGCAUCGUUGAGAGGGAUCCCUCCGGCCGAUACGUUCGGUAUUCUGAAAUCCUGGGGAGGGGAGCAUUCAAGACUGUUUACAAGGGAUUUGAUGAGGUCAAUGGAAAAGAGGUUGCCUGGAAUCAAGUCGACAUUGAUGAUGUGCUACAGUCGCCGCAACAGCUGGAGCGGUUGUAUACCGAAGUUCACCUGUUGAAGUCCUUGAAACAUGUAAAUAUCAUAAAGUUGUACCAUUCUUGGGUGGACGAUGGUAGUAAGACUAUCAACAUGAUCACUGAGUUAUUCACUUCCGGAAACCUGAGGCAGUAUCGUAAAAAACAUAAGUAUGUUGAUAUGAAAGCUAUCAAAAAAUGGGCAAGGCAGAUCCUCAGUGGUUUACAAUUUCUUCACAGUCAAAGUCCAUGUAUCAUACACAGAGAUUUGAAAUGUGACAAUAUCUUUGUUAAUGGGAACACUGGGGAAGUUAGGAUUGGGGAUCUAGGAUUGGCAACUGUUAUGCAGCAACCUACUGCUCGGAGUGUUAUUGGUACACCUGAAUUUAUGGCCCCUGAAUUGUAUGAUGAAGAAUACAAUGAACUUGUCGACAUUUAUUCUUUUGGUUUGUGCAUGUUGGAGAUGGUAACUUGUGAUUACCCUUAUUCUGAAUGCAGAAAUCCCGCACAAAUUUACAGGAAGGUUACCAUGGGUGUCAUGCCAGCUAGCCUUAGCAAAGUAACUAACCCGGAGAUGAAGAAGUUCAUAGAGAGUUGUCUGGUUCCAGCAUCUUCGAGACCAUCGGCAAAGCAAUUGUUGAAGGACCCAUUUCUUGCAAGUCCAAGUCCUCUUCCCGUGAACACAGUUGGACAUCAAGUAGCCCAUUCUAUGGACAUAGACAAUCCUCAUCGUAUUAGUUUUAAAUUAAAGGUUAAUGAUGACAAGACCUUCAAGUUAAUUGGAGAGGUGGAAGAUAACAAUUCAAUUUCAAUGACCUUCUUGUUUCCUGAUACAGCUGGUCGUAAGAAGAAUGUACAUUUUGUAUUUGACCUCCAAAAUGAUGUCAUCCCUUCCAUUGCUUAUGAGAUGGUUGAAGUGAUCGACGACUUAUCUGGAGAAGAUUUGCUUCCAAUAGUUCAGUUGAUGGAGCAGCUUAUUGCAAGAUUGUUGCCUCACUCUAGGUCCCCUUCUAGUUCCUGCCAUACUGAAUUCACCAGUACACUUGAGGAAUUAUCUGGUUCAAGCAGUACCACGAACUCACCCAAGUAUCCAUUAGAAUCUGGAAUGUUCAAGGUCUUAACAGAGGUAACUGGGAUUGGAAAAGACCAUGGUGCUGGGGAAUCUCUUGUUACAGGGAUGACGAUUGAACACAAUCGCGUAAAUUGCUCUCAUAAGCCUGGUUCAAGUGCUUGUGAUUGCUGUAAAUUUUCGAACAGUUUAACUUUGGAUGGUUUGAGGUUAUCGAGCAUGUCUUCAUUAACACAGAUGGAAAAAGAUCUUCACAACGAAGAACUGGAACAAGAGCUUGUUGCAAUUGAUUGUCAAUACAACGAAUGUAUCCGUGAACUCUUGAGGAAAAAGGAGGCGGCAAUUGAGUAUGCUAAGAAGAGGUGGGCUUCUCGGAAAGUUGAUUGUUGAAAUUUCUAUUCUAGUUUAGGAUUUCACCAUAGGAGAGAGUGCAAAAACAUUUUUUUAGUCUUAGCAUUUUGGAAGUUUUGAUUGUAGAGUUGAUUUUUUUAGUUUUUAUCCUUUAUUACUUGUUCAUUUAAAAACCGUUGCCAAGCAGCAAUGUUGUAAAUUUAUUUGAGUGGCAAUGAGAUGAUGUUUUUUCUGUCA